ACAACUGUCAAUACGAGACUCGUUCACAACACACCGAGGUCGACUAAUUCCAUCUACACAUCUAUACCUCAUCCUGAACUCGCCUCAAGCGUCAGUGACACCUCAAAAUGUCCUCCACAACCCUCUCCGUCACCUCAACGGCCACAACCACGACCACAGCCCCAACCUCAACCUCUUCAAUCCACUCCUGCCCGCAAACAACCUGGGAAAUCCCCACCACCGACGCCGCCUGCGCCAUCCACCCAUCCUCCCUCAGCAAUGCAACCGACGUCCUCAAACACUGCUGCGGCCCAGCACCCGUCGUCUCCUACGACGACGGCUGCGCUUCUUACUGUCUUGCUCAGGGCCAGAAUGUUUCCUCAUUGACAAAUUGCCUGAUGUCCAACGGUGCGGCCCCGUUUUGUAACAAUGCGUUGAAUGCUACUGCCACGGCGGCGGUGAGUAGUGCUGCCUCAACUGCGACGGGGUCGAGUGCGACGAGUACGAAGACUGGUGCUGCUGCAAAGAUUUCGGUGGGGGGUGUUAGUGUGAUUGGGUUGUUGUUCUGCUCUGCUCUGUUUGGAGCGUUGGCUUAA